CUGUUACAGCGCUGGUGUCCGGAAAGGACAGGUUGAAUCCCUGACGUCACCUACUAAAGCACCGUAUGACAGAGGAGGAGGGACAACGGCAGCAUCUGCUGAGAGGCAAUGGAAGAAGACAAGGACCACAGGAGAUGCAGGGACAUAGAUGGGCACAGGAGGCAGGAUGGGCAAAGCCAGUGCAGACAGGUGGAUCCACAUCCUAUAUGUUCGAACCAGUGUGUAUUUGUGGCUCCUCCAUCUCCUGAACCACCUUCCAGACCUGCAUUUUUAACCUCCACAAGACUUAGCCCUCCUGGACAGGGGAGAUCACAGCCUGAGGGUUCCAGUGGAUCUAAAACCCCUCUUGCUGGAAGUCAGCUGUCUGCACGUCCUCUAUCACCCAUUGGCUCUUCUGCUCCUGAUCGAUCCCAGCCAGAAGGAUCCCAAAGACUGCAUCCUGUGGGGUCUCCUUUGGAAUCAAAUACUGAGUUUAGCAGAUGCCAGCCUGAGGGAUCAUGUCCUGGACUACUGUCCCCAACUCAGCAAUAUAGACGCUUGCCUCCUCCACCCACCUCCCCUCAUCGUUCCCCAGCCUCAAGCCCUAGGGGAUCACCAGAACCAAGCAGAUCCCAAUGCACUGUACCCCGCAGACGAUCCUAUGGGUCACAUCAAAAGCUAAUUCAACAACACCAAGAGGAGACUGAACAUUCAACUGCCAGGGGGGAACCAAGAGGAAGCAACAACCUGGAGGGAACUGUUGACGACUUUCGGAUAUACAUCAUCACAUGGAAUGUUGGCUGCGCUGUUCCUCCUACAGACCUCACCUCCCUCCUGUGCCUCAAUGCUGGAGAUGGCAAGACAGAUAUGUUUGUUAUAGGGUUACAGGAGGUUAAUUCCAUGAUCAAUAAGCGUUUGAAGGAUGCACUAUUUACGGACCAGUGGAGUGAUGUUUUCAUGGAUGUGCUGAGUCCUUUCAGUUAUGUGCUGGUUAGCUCGGUGAGGAUGCAGGGCUGCCUUUUGCUGGUGUUUGCAAAGUAUUUCCACCUGCCUUUCCUGAGAGAUAUACAGACUGACUGCACCAGAACAGGCCUAGGAGGAUACUGGGGUAAUAAAGGUGGAGUCAGCAUUCGCUUGUCCUUGUUUGGUCACAUGGUAUGUUUCCUGAACUGCCAUUUGCCAGCUCAUAUGGAGAAUUCAGAUCAGCGAGUGGAUAGUUUUGAGAGCAUUCUACAACUUCAGCAGUUCCAGGGACCACUAGCAAAUGGUGUGCUGGACCAUGACUUGGUUUUCUGGUUUGGAGAUUUAAAUUUCCGAAUUGAAGAUCUGGAUUUGCAUUUUGUGAAAUCUGCAAUCCAGGGCAAUAAGCUUUCAUUGCUAUGGGAGAAGGACCAGCUCAACAUAGCAAAAUGUUACGAGCCAGUUCUGAGUGGAUUUAUGGAGGGUUCUCUAACAUUUACACCCACGUACAAAUAUGAUGUUGGCACAAACACGUUUGAUACAAGCUCUAAGAAAAGAAAACCGGCAUGGACAGACCGCAUUCUGUGGAAGAUGAAGCACCCUAUGUUAAGGAAUCCAGUUGGGGGGCCUGGACCAAUCAGUUCUAAGUCAGAAGAGUUAAGUGUAACACUGCUCAGUUAUGGAAGUCACAUGCAGUAUACAGAGAGCGACCACAAGCCUGUCUCUUCCAUCUUCUCGCUACAGUUUUGUUCCCGAAUCAAGUGUCCACUUGUCCACAUAUGGGUAUGUGAUGAGUGGCUGCAGCCUACUGAUGCCCAUGUCACUUACCGAUGGUCACCCACCUACAUGAAGAGCUCAUGGGACUGGAUUGGACUAUAUAGGGUUGGAUUUCGUCAUCACAAAGAUUAUGUGUCUUACGUGUGGGCCAAAACCGAGGAAGAAACAGAUGGAGGAAAACAACAACAUCAGGUGGUGUUUAGUGAAGAAGCACUGCCUAAAGGGACCGGGGAAUAUCUCCUGGGUUAUUACAGCAACAAUAUGGGUACUCUAAUUGGUGUCACUGAGCCAUUCCAGAUCUCUCUGCCAUGUUCUGAUGUCAGUGCAUCAUCUGACAGUUCUGACUCCAGCUCAGAUGAGGAUGAUAGUACACACGUCCUUCUCCGGCCUAAAUCCCGCAGUCCUAGCCCAGCUCCCUCUCGAUCCCCCCGUAGUCGGAGUCCAGCUAUUACACGUCUGCAUGAUCUUAUUCUACCAGGCUCCCGACAAAAAAGCCGCAGCCCCUCCCCCUGCCGGGCUAAAAGCCCUAAACAUGAGCACCGGGAACGACCCCGUUCCAGGGAUCCUGUUCGUACUCCCCACAGUCCCAGAAUUCACAGUCCUCAGCCGACCAUUUCAAUGCUCGCUUCAAGACCAGCAGUGGUGGGACAAGGCCACAAUUCACCAGGACCAUUUUUUUUCCCUUCUAGCCCCCCUACACAAGAGGCCAAGCUAAAUAUACCUGUUUCCCAACAACACAGAGAACCACAAAGCCCAUCAUAGAACAUGCUGUAAACAGAAAGAACAUAUAAUUAUUUGCACUAGGGUGGUCAUUAGGACAUAUCAAAAAAUGUGAAAAUGUAUGUGCACUGUGUAAAUAAAUAUAUAUAUAUUUAAAAAUAA